GCAGUAGGGCCGAACAAACCAGCCCAUUGGCACCCUUUGCACAUCAAAAUGCGGUCAUUGCUGCAUCGAGCUCGUCAAGCUCACCGAUGCGGCUGCAGGGCUUGCAGCACAGUUGUGCAAGGGGCUUCCAAGCGCGCCAGCGUUGCCAGACGGAAGCCAACCUUUGCUGAGAUUUUUACCGCGGCGUAUAGCUCUGUCUUUGCCACAGCCGCCGUCAUUGAUGCUGUGCGAAAGGAUGAGCGACGACGCGAAUUGGAUAGAAAAUUGGACGAAGCACAAAGGGAAUUGGAUGAAUUGCGCGAAAAUGCCCCCGACGCCUCUGGCCACGACAUCUUCAAGAGCCAGCAAGCUCCCAUCUGGGAGCAGAUGAAGCGAGUAUACGAAGAGCGACCGUUUAAGAACGACAUAAACGACCCUGUUUCCCUGGAAGCCUCUGAACUACUCGACUAUCUUCGAACGGAAUACUAUGGUGCCAAGGACUCUACGACGCUGCGUAACGGCCAUCAGCUGGAUUAUGACCUGGUUGAACAGGCUGCUAUCGCCGAGGAGCACGAUCACAGUCUUCCACGAUUGGAGCCGCAAAAUGGCAGACAGCUGAGACGUGAACUUGAGGCAGUCCAAAAGCUAGUCAAGCUGCUCAUUCGCCAGCUGCCUACCUUGAAUCCUGAUGCUAAAGCAUCCCCGACUUGGUCCCAGCUGCGUGCGCGCUUGGAUUCAGGCAACCCCCAGUUCUCAUAUCCCUCCAUUGACAGAUUACGCUCGACACAAAACGUUUCCAGCCUUAACGAGCACAUCCGUCAAAUUAUUGCUGACACCAACAUUGACAAUUCCGAAAAGAUUCUCCGCAUAUGCUACAACCUAGUCAUUUCUCCUUACGCUCCUAACACACAUACCUACAAUACCCUCAUUCUUGGACUGGACCGCAUUGGCCUCCACAAGGCGUCCAAUGUCGUUGUUCAAUCCUUCUUUUACGAUCGAUUAAUAAAACCUACACCAUGCACAUCGGUCGCCGUCCUGAACCACUACAAAUGUGCUGGCGACGGUAAGCGAUUUAUGCGCACAAUAGCUCGGAUUACAGGCCUGGAUCCUAUUCAUGGAGCGAAGGCUGGACGCCGGUCUGUUGCAUCUACGCAGAAUUGCCGCGUUGAACGAACAUGGGUGGCGGAUGCCGCUGCAACUACUACCACUGGGCGACAUAUCUACCAGCACGCACCGCUCAACCGACACGUUGUUGAAGAGCUGAUUCGCGGCCUGUUGCAUUUCCAGCUAUUCAAGAGUGCUGCAUCGAUGCUGAUGCAGGCACUCUCUGCCGGAAUCCAUCUCAGCACCUCCGUCGUCCACCAGGUGCUAGACGAGUGUAUCAGCGCUUUGGAUUGGCAGGGCACCGUAGAGCUUGUUCGAGGAUUUGCUUUGUGCCACAAGCAACUAACCAAACGAUUGACCUUGGAAAGCAACGAUUCCAUGGUUUACAUAUCCGAUAAGCUUUCUAUCUUGCACGAUUUACUUGGUCUCGGCCAGGGACCGCAGGGUCAGCUGUCGCAACAGCUACAUCUAUUUAAUAUUCCUGAGACGGCUUAUAAGGGGCUUGAAGCAAUGAUGGGAUCUCUUCAGCUGAACUCGACAGUCGACAGUGCGCAAAGUAAAUCGAACUUACUGCGAAUUGAGAGUCUGUCCAAGGAUCUAAGCAAGGUCCAUAAGGCAACCCGAACCAUUGAACACCGACUCCUACACCCCAAGUUUCAACCGGAAUUCCGCCAAGCAAUGCUUCUUCAUCUUAGCCAAAGGGCCUUGUCGUCCUGUACAGAGCUUGACAGAGAAGUCAACCUCUUGAUGGCGACCAAAAGUCAAAGCUUGUCGCUGAAGAAGCAAGCAGCCGUGGCUCCGUCAAACCGUGGACAACAAGACCGUGAUGCUGACGAUGCUCUUGGCUACGCUUUUGAGAAGCGACUUAUUAUAUCUCCUCCUGAGCCCAAGCUAGCCCGUUCAGCAUGGGCAGGCAGUGCACUUAAUACUGAGGCAUGGCGUGGAGCCAAACAGUCAUCAUCACCUUACAACAUGGAGGCGAUGGCAAUGCGGGCGCCUAUCUAAGCGAUAGAGCCACCAGACGUGUAUAUUAUAACCACAAAAACGCAAUGUACCUAGUUUAUAGAUGAGCGAUUAUACCAACGCAUAUGCAUAUGUAUACAAUAAAUACAGUCUUUAUCU